AUGGAACAAGACCUUGAGAUAUAUGAUAUCCCGAAUACGACACUCCCGUCGACGCGAACGAUUCCUUUUGCCGUCCGCGAUGAGCCACGAUCGCCUAUCACUGCGAGUAUGAGACUGCGAUGGACAGUGUCACCUGCGUCUGCGACUUGGGGGACCCAGGGCGGCUGCUUCCCUCUUCGCGAUAGUGCAUGCUUACCGAACAAUCAGCCGACAGGCGCUGCCACCCAGUCUCCCUUGUCUCACAACCACCAACGCCUGCGACCUCCACCCCGCCAAUGCAUGCGUACCAACGCCAGGCAAUCUCAAGAUCUCAUCCCUGGUGUGCACGGCUCCCCGCCAACUCAGGGCACGACUCAUCCAGCUGGCAUGACACCAUCUCUCACGCGCACCCUUGGCUUUACGACGGCGACGAUAAGAAGCGCAGCAUAA